AUGGCCGGCUCCAACAUCUUCGCGGUGUAUACCUCUGCAGAUGGAAACAACGUGACGCUGUCACCGCGGUUGGGAACUGGCACCCAGAUGCCCAAUUUCAACGAUGAUGCAGAAGUGGAAUUACUCGAGGGCUCUGGAGUUUCGAAUGGUGUCAUGACUGCCAAUGUCAAGUGCUCGAGCUGCAGUUCGUGGUCUGGUAACACUGCAGACUUUACGGCUGGGAGUGGGAGCUGGAUAUAUGCCUACCAGGCAUCCAAUGGACCCAAGAAUACCGACGAUCAAUCAGCUACGAUUCGCCAACACAGUGACCGUGGUGUCUUCUCAUGGAAUUACGCCAGUGCGAAGGGAGGUGACAGCGUUAACCCGCUUGUCAAUGCGGCGUCCUCAGGUACCGCAAGUGGAACUGCUACUGGAACGGCAGUCACCUGUUUCACCGUCAUAGAAUCCGGCAACGCCUCCAACCGAACGAAGAUGCUUAUCGCCCAUGGCGUCCUUGCAGCUCUCGCAUUUGUGAUUCUCUUCCCCGCAGGCGCAAUUGCAAUCCGUCUCGCGUCGUUCCCAGGCGUGGUCAUGCUGCAUGCCGCAUUUCAGUUGUUCGCAUACCUAGUCUACAUCGCAGGCUUUGGACUGGGCGUAUACAUCGCUAUGGAGAUGAACCUCCUUGACCACUACCAUCCAAUCAUCGGCAUCCUAGUCUUCGUACUCGUCUUCUUCCAGCCCAUACUAGGGUUCCUCCACCACCUGCUCUUCAAGAAAUACCAAAGCCGCACGUUUUGGUCCUACGCGCAUAUCUGGGUUGGGCGCAUCGCCAUCACCCUCGGUAUCAUCAACGGCGGUCUGGGUCUGCAGCUCGCGGACUCGAUGGGUAUGAGUUCCAAGAAGGGCAUCAUCGCGUAUGGAGUCGUUGCUGGUGUCAUGUGGUUGGCGUGGAUUGCGGCGAUCGUCAUUGGAGAGAGGAGGAGAAAGGCAAGAGGCGUGGCGGGUGCGCCUACGAAGUAUUACGAGGCCACCUCCAACAACACUAACAAACCCGCAGACGAUGUCCCCAUGUCGCGAGUCAAGUUCAACGCCAACACCGAGUAUGCAUACCUGCAAAACUUCAAGAUAUUGCAGAAUACGUUCGCAAAGCACCAGGUCGACAAGCCUAUCCGCGUCGAGUCGCUGGUAAAGUGCAAGAUGCAGGACAACCUCGAGUUCCUCCAGUUCGUCAAGCAAUACUGGGACCAGCACUUCCCUGGCCACGACUACGACCCUGUCGCGCGUCGUAAAGGACAGGCUGGCCUUGCCUCGACCAGCGCCCCUGCACCCCGCGCCGCCGCCCCCGCCGCCGCCCGAAGAGCACCCGCCGCCAGCAACACCGCCGCGCCCAGGACCCGCACACCGAUGGGCGCCGGAGGAGGAGCCGCCAGCGCCGCGCUGCGAGAAGAGAACACGCAACUCAAGGAGACAGUCACUGGUCUGGAGCGCGAGCGCGACUUCUACUUCAGCAAACUCCGCGACAUCGAGCUGCUGAUCCAGCAGGCCAUGGAGGCCGACCCCGAGCUCGAAAAGGACGAGGGUCUACUCAAGCAGAUCCAGAACAUCCUCUACUCGACCGAAGAAGGGUUCGAAAUCCCCCCAGAGACCGAGGGCGCCGAGGAAGAAACCUUCUAG